GAACUAAAAGAACCUUGAUGAAGCUUAUGUGGUUCACGAGCGAGCAGGACUGUGACGCAUAACAAACUACAAGUGAGAAGAUUAACACCUGGAGUCAUCACCUGUCACACUCACAAGCUUAUAAUGAUGAUGGUGAAGGUGGUGGUGACGGUGAUGGUGUGUGUGUUGGAGCUGGUCAAUGCUAAUAAGUGUGUCAUUGAUAGUUCUGUACCAGACCAGGAAAAGAAAACUCAAUAUGAAUAUCUUAAGACUCUGGAUCCAAUCAUCGGUAAAAGAUCAGAGCUAAAAUUGAGUGCAAAAGACACCUAUACCUUUGUGGUGUGUGAUGACGCUGAUCCAGCCUUUAAGAAUGUGAGCUUCAUCUGGAACCUAGGUGAUACAGACAGUUUACUCGGCUUCAACAACAGAACUCUUGUCACAAAAGCUAGAAAUUCAUUGAUGCUGACCUUUCUGGGUGCAAAAGGCUUGGAGGGAAAGUACAAAAAAUGUAAUGGGACCGCAGGAGCAUCUCACAUCUUGUUUUUAUGUGACCAUCAGCAACACAAGGUACAACUUGAAAUACUGGAGGAUUUUCAUGGCUCCCUUACAUGCUCCAUGAUGUUUGUUGUGCGCCAUAGCUGUGUUUGUUCACUAUCGAAUCAAGGUCUCAGCGGUGGUGCCAUUUUCUUCAUCAUACUCCUUGUGAUCUUUGGCUCUUAUUUCACCUUUGGUUUCUUCUACCUGCGCCUGGUGAAGGGGGCUAAAGGUGUGGAGCAGAUACCAAAUCGGGAGUUUUGGUUCAAGAUUGGCAACAUGCUGGCUGAUGGAUGUGGCGCUGUGUUUCGUUGUGACCGCUACUGUGGUGCCAGGGGAACAGGAAGUGCUCCCAGCAGCUAUGGUGGCUACUCUCCCAUUGAUGAGCGUCUGGCCCAGGAUCUUCAGGACACUGAUCGUGACUCAUCACUUCUCAACCCAUAGGAAAUAUUUAGUCAUAAACAAGAAGAGUGAUUGAGAGGUUUUUAUGCCAAAAACUUUUGUAAGGCAUUGUAUUGAAAGUACAGCAGUAUUGAGCAUUACAAAACUAAUAUAUGAAUACCUUGUUUUGUAAUACAGUGUAUUACAGUAUAUCAGGAUUCUGGAAAACGUUUGAAACUAGGACAUCACUAUCAUAUACUGUAUUAUAGAAACAAAUUCAUCCUCAGAAAAUUUGAAAAUUUGAGUUGAAUAUCUCCGAAAGAUCUGUGUUGAUUGGAUCAAAUAAUCAAAUUACUUUUAUCUACCAAAUACAAUACUGUAUACUGUAUUGAUAAUUUUAGGUAAUAUAAAAUCUAGUCCUUUUUUGUGCAUUGCAAUAUGCUUUUGUGAAUUUAAUUUUAUAUUAAUAUAUACUGUAUUCAAUCUGUAGCACACCAGAUAUUAUUGUAUUUAAUGUUUGCUGGAUAACUUCAGCCAAUUUUCAGUCAAUUCAUAAUGCAGGAAACAACAAAGUUUAUUGGAAUAGAUACGAAUAGAAUUGAUAAACAUGCUGUUAAUGGGACAUUAGCUGAUGCUUGAAGAUCAGGAUUAAUCAGAUUUCUAUAUUGUUUGUUAACACUUAAUAGAAGAAUAAUGUGCUAGUUGAAUGAUAUACUUUACAAUUCUAAGCCAGCCUGGAACAACUCAUGAGUAUGCCCACUAUAGGUGCCGAGCUUAGAAUCCCAGGGAAUUCCUAAGUUAUGCUAGUUGGGCAACAGUACAGUAACCUGAAGUAAGAAAGAAGCUGUAGUUGCCUAAGAUUAAGAACUAAAGAGUUGCCUGUCACACAACACAUUCAUCUCAGGCUCAGUCAUAAACCAAGACACAUAGCUGCCCACUUCCCCAGCUGAAGGAGUCAGUCUUCUGUGUGCUUCUUCAUCAGAAAGAUAAGUGCUGGCAUUAUGAUGUACAGUACUUUGGACUUCUUUUAAGUUGGGAUAUACAAUUCUUGAUGUUUCUUUUAUGCCCUUAACAUAAGAGUGGUUUUGUACCUUACAAUUUACAAGCAUUUACGUGCAUUUCCAACCUAAUGAAGAAUAAAUGGGUGUGGUAUGUGGAAGUCAUCAUCUUACCCAGGCACUCUGCAGAUUAUUUGUAUGAACCAUGAUGCAUAUAUUUUUUGAUACUUUGUAUCUCAAGUUUUAGGGGACUUACCCCAUGCUGUGAAAUGGAAUAAUGUGUCAUCUAGACUGAUCUGAGGUAAGGUCAGACACAAGAGUGUGUGCUUCAGGCAUAGAAUUUAUAACAAUAUGUCUCACCUUUUUUAUUUUAGCUGAAUUUUUGUAUUUAAAAGUAUGAGUUGUUCUAGAUAGGCUUACCAGGAGGUUAUGAAUGAGGGAUUGAUCUUGAAAUAUCAGUUUAUAACUGAGCCUGAAAAGAAAACUUAAGUUCCCUCCCUCCUCUCUCAGAUGUUCACUUAGUUGUGGUAAGCAGGAAGUUCUGGGGUUGUACACCCUAAAUUACGAUUAACCCUCCCAUGCAUGCAAUAAGUUUUUAAGCUUCUGUGACCACGACACAAGUAAUAUGGAACCAGUCAUGUGUGGUCUGGGCAUCUUCAUUCUGUGGUCAAUUUAUCCCACAAGGUUUUUUUUUCUCUCCGUGAUUUAUACAUCACUGACUUCAUUAUUCUUUUGUCUUUUAACAUAAGCAGAAAAAAUAAGAUGAGAAUAAGACUAUUUUUCACUCUGAAUAAAAAAAAAAUUAUUUGUAUUUCCAGCAUCAUAUCUCAGAUAUUUUCUCAAAACUUACCAAGUUAUUAUCAGAGUUAAAGAAGCAGAAUUUAUAAGCUUUCUAACAGUGGCUUUGGAAUUUUGAAUGACUAAUUGUGGGGAGGGUGGGAGAGGAGAAGGGACAAAUACGACCUACCAGCACGACUGACGGGAGGAAACUGACAAACAACUGACCUCCGCCCACACUUUGGUACUUUCUGGAAGCUUCCUUCACAAGAUCAUGCCAUCAUCUGUGACACACGAAAAAUUUUACACAAUUUCCUUGAAAAGUUUUUGGGGCGCAAAGUUUUAAAAGUCUAAUGAUGCAAUUCGCCUCACCGAUGUAAAUAGUGCUACCUAAUGAUUUGAAGCAAUUCGCAUCAUAAUGUGCAAGAGGGUUAAACCUUAGUUGAAUGAUAUAAAACAAGAGUUGUUUGUAGGAGAGAAGGCUGAUGUUCAGAUUAAUGUUCCAGGCAUUGUAGGUUAGGUCUCUCAUUAGCUCCUAAGCCCCAAGCUUAUUACAGGCUCAGAUAUAAAAUAGGAUUUCAGGAUCGGUCACUUCAGUUACUGUAUAACUAAACAUCAGAACAAAGAAACUCUUUAUAUCUAGCAAGUCUUGACAGUUGGAUCUCAAUCUCCAAGGGCCAGCUGAUGUGCCUGGGAUCUAAAAAUCUAAUAAAUAUAAAAUUAAUAUUUUCCUUUGCCUUUAUACCAGAGCUCAUAGGAUACCCAUUGACAUAAAGGUAUUGUACCUUAAAAAGGGUUAUCAUGGGCUCCUCCCAGGAUGAGUUUUUAUACUAAUUGACAAAAUUAUCAUUCUGAUUGGUAUUCCCAAUACAAUACAUGGGUAAUCAGCAUUGAGGAAGGAGUGCUGUAUCUUAUUUAUUGAUAAAGGUCAUCUGCAUUCUUUCUUAAAUGUGAUUUAAGUUUCAGCUGCCCACAAAUUGCUGGGAAAGUUGGUGUAAAAGAGAAUGUCUUGUGAUUAGAGGCUAGAACCUAGGAAGUUGGUCAGAUGGUGGACACUGAGGUAAGCUGGAUAUGAAGUGAGGAUCCUUGUGACAAGAUCAGGUAGCCAUUGUCAAACUUAAGCUGAUUGGAGAGUACAGCUGGGGUCAAAAGCUUGCUCCUUCCAAAAAUGAAGCAGCAUCGGCCCCAAAUGAAAUAUAACAGCGGGGUAUUUGUAAGUAAGUGUGGAGACUCAUUCUUGUGACUCAGUCUCACCGUGGGAGUGAACUUUGUCCCUGACUGUACAUGUUGAUGUUUAGCAACAGAAGCUCUUCAGCUGCCUCCCUUUUUCAGGAUAUUUUCAUGCUAAUGGGUAUUCUUAUGGCAUCUAGCAUAAAGGUGAAGGAUGCUAUUUUAUAAUUCAUUAUUUUAGAUCUGCACCCAAAAGUUAAGCUCUUGAGCCUGCGGAUUCAGCCUUCUUGAAUUUGAACAAUUAAAGUUUUCAUGUACAUGUAAAGUUUCUUAUAUGGAAACAAUAUUUUGAAUAAUAAAUUAUAUAUUACUUUAGGGUUAUGGUUAAUACGUGUGAUUUUUUCAUUUGAAGAUACCUGUGUCUGUGCCUUAAUGAGAGGAUAGUUGUACUCUUUGAUUUAUGCUUUAAGUUUUGGGAUGAAUAUGGUUUUUACACAACUCGGUGAAUUAUUAAAUUAUUGUACGUACUAAGUUUAAGAAACAAUUAAUUGAGAAGUUGUAACACUCUUUGUAUCACCUUUGCUAGAAAACACUCUUAUGACUUAAGACAAUAUUAUAGCUUUAUUUAUCAUCAAAACUAGAUACAUCUUGUGAUGCUUGUAAGUAAAAGUUUAGUGUAAUGCAGUAUAAACAUUAUUCAUAAAACUCAUCUUCAACAUUUCCUGUUGAUUAUAAGCUGAUGAUAUGAACAGUCAUCGCAGUCACCUUUUAUGUUUUUCUGUUAAAAAAAGGUCAUAGGAUUGGUGGAUAGCACAGACCCUUAGUAUGUUUAGGGACUUUGGUUGAGAAUUGAGUCAGAGUUUCAGUUCGUGUGCAUAACAGUCAAGCAGCCACUUAAAGAUUGGAUGUCAAGCAGAGUGGCAGCCAGAGUUGGUUGUCAUUAAGAGUGUACAGUACAGUAUAGUACUGUACUGUAUUACCUUCUUAUCAUAAGUGGUGUUUUUUGUAAGUUUCACAUGACAAAUUACCAUCUUCAAUGGCCUGGUGAUUACAUGUACUACAGUAUCUUCAUUGUUGGAUGUGAAGGAAACUGCCGUCUUGCACGCAAAAACUAUUCUGUCAUGCUUAUUGCGAAUAAAAGUGUAUCUGCUUAUGCAUAAAUAGUCACCUACCUGUCUUGGCUGGUAAGUGGCAGUCAAGGUGCUUUUUUGUUUAUUUUUUUAUUUUACAAUCUUCAAGUACAGGGGUCCACAAAUGAUUACCCUGAUUAAAGCAUGCUAGCAUACUGUUUUUAGGGUAAUCAUUUAUGGACACCCUGUAGAUUUUGAAGGUUAAGCAAAGAUUUAUUUUGUUUGUUCAAUGGACUUACUAAGUCAUCUUAAACUCCUUCCAAUUCCUAUAUUUAUAAGCGAGUGGGUGUGCAAUGUUUUAAGAUGGUUGCACACUAAGUAAUGCACGUCUGUCAGUUAAUAGAAAUGAUACUGAUAUCUGUAUUGUAUUUACAUGAUAAUUGUCAAUAAAUGUGCCUUCAUAUAUUCUAUCUGAUAUUUUUUCAAGGAACAAUUUAUUUUGAUAUGUGUUCAUUAGCAGCAAAGCUUUAGAUCCUAGAAGUAUUUUUAUGGAUAUUUUUUUAGGAACUUAAUCGUGAAUUUCCUGGUGUGUUGAUGUCUGUUAUAAUAGUGUGUGGGAUAAUGAUGUAGCUAUUCGCUUCUUGGAGAAUAUCAGUUAAAACAGACCUGAUGUGAUUUCAUGUUCUCAGAAAUAUUUUGUUACAGUCCUUCAAAUUAAAUGUUAUUUGACUAUUUAAUAUUUUUUUAUCUGGUAAAAAUUGCAGGUUAAUUUGCAUGUUCUAACUUGCACUGAAUGUCAGAAAAGGUGAUAUAAUGUAUUUAAACAGAUGGUAAUUUUAUUGUUAUGCAGUAGAGAAAGAAGGCUGUUUUAGACACUUGUGAUAAAUGAGUAGGCUAAUGCACUUAGUUUCUUUGAACUACACUGUAUUGUAAUGCUUUGUAUGAAUAUUAAUGUGACAAUUACAGUAAAUGAUAAGACUUUUGAUAUAAUGUACAGUAAACACCUUUGCAGAUGAUCAUGUGUAACAAGAGUUAUAGUGUUUGUCUGAAUUUUUCUCUAAAAUAUUUUUGUACAAUAUUCAAUUAGUAAUAGAUAAUGGUUUGUGAUUAUAAGAAAUAAUUUAAUAAUUUGGUACAAUAUUCCUACUCCAGCUAAACACAUCUCCGACUCUCCUCUUUUUACCAAAAUUUUAGGUACUGUAUAGGUUUACCUGCCUUUUUUAAACAAUUGCCAGGGCAAAGUACAGUUCAUGCACACUGCACUUAAUGUAUGGAAAUAUAUGGGUGCCUGUAAAACAAUGUUAUGCAAAACUAUGCUACACAAAAAAUAUUUUACUCUGGAGGUCAUUGUGGAAGAUGUGUUGCUGUUCAUGAUUUUGGCUCUGUUAAUUAAGAAAAAAAUACAAUUCAACAUGGAUGAUAUUGUCUUAAAUGUUGUACCUGCACUGAUGACCAAUUUAUCACCAGCAUUGUAAUGUAUUAAAAUAUUUAUUUUCACAUCCAAACUAAUGAUGUUCACCUCACUUAUGGAGUAUUGCAAGUCCUUGUUACUUGAUUCAUUUUUACCAGCCAUCUUUCAGGUUACAAUAAUGUUGAGGCUGAAAUACCUGUAAUAGUUAGAUUCAAAGCAGCAAACACCACAAACUAGUGAAAUGUAGGGGGAAGCAGAUACAAACAGAGGCUUGUAAAUGAGGUGAGUGCACAGAGCAAGUCUAUAAGCUUUCAAGAGGAUGAUCAGUCAGCUCCCGAUACUUUGGUUCUGCUCUGCCUUUUUUUUUUAUUCAAAAGAAUGUGUGUUGCAUAUUUUAUGUGCGUUACAGUGGGUCAUGUUCUAUGUUCAGUGAAGAAUAGUAAUAAUUUGUCAACUGAAUUAAGUGGAGUGAUCCUGUUUAUGUUUCUUGUUACAACAAAAUUGUCUGAGGAGAGCCAUUGAAGUAGAAUAUACAGUGCUGUACUUAAAUUUCUCUUUCUCUUUCUAUUUUUUUUCCAUGGUGUAUGGGAUUUGGUUUGGGAUGAAGGGUACGUGAUAUAAUUUUUCCCAUUGAUGGAGUCAGGUAAUGUGAGGUUGUGAUGUCAGCUGUUAUUGGCAUUAAGAUCAUAUUUAGAUACUUUACAGGUGCUGAAAUUCCCUACUUCAGAGGCUAUUGAUUUAAACACAUUGUAAUGUAAUCCACUGUAUUUGUUUGUGACAGUAAAAAUAAACUUAACACAAUCCAUCUUGGAAGAAGAAAAUCUUUUGACGAGUAUAAGAUCGGUAUUCAGCAUUUUGUAUAUUUGUAUGGUCAUUAAAUUAUGAUUGCUU